UGCGAGUCCCGAGUUAUUAAGCGAAAGCUCCUUAAGAACAAGCCGGACGAGGGCAAGUGCAACUUUCUUAAAGCAGCUUUGUUGAAACGAUUGGCUGAGUCAAAGAAGGUUGCGCUCAAGCGUCUCCUAACCAACCUCGAGCUCGGAGACAGCACGCCCUCGCAGCUCUGGAGGAGGAUGAAGACCUCGGCCAAGGGGGCUGAUAAGGCGCUGGUGAAGGCGCUGUGGCUUUCCAAGCUGACAUGCCACGCGCAGACACUGCUGCAGGCCUUCAAAUCGUCUACCACUCCCAUGGAGGAGCUGAUGGAAGCCGCGGACAGCCUGCUCAAUUCCACCAUGCACGUCAGUGCCGUCAUGCCCAACGAUGCCAUCAUUCGCCAGCUGGUAGAAAAUAACACCCUGAUGGCCCAGAUGCUGUCGACCUUCAAGGCUUGCAUGGGGGUUCGGCAGGACAAGAGCAACAGCGGAGGUGCCCAGCAGCGCAGCCGCUCUCGCAGCAAGAGCCGCCAGCGAGGCAAUUCUUCGGCACCCAACCAGAAUCUCUGCUGGUAUCACAACAGGUUUGGAAACAAGGCGUCCGAGAUCGGUGACAGCCUGCCAGAACGCCGCCUGCACAUGAUGGAUUCUCGCUCAAGGACUCGUUCCCUCAUCGACACAGGCUCAGUCGUCUCACUAGUACCCAAGGCUCACGCUAAAGGUAAGCUAGUGCAGCAAAUACUCACUCUGUCUGCUGCCAACCAGACAGAAAUCAACACCUACGGCUCACGGCAGAUGGUGCUGAACCUUGACCUGCGUCGGGACCUUCCCUGCAUCAUCAUCAUCGCGGACGUGCCCCACGCCAUCCUCGGAGCCGAAUUUUUGGCCAGAUACGGACUCCUACCGGACCUUAAGAACAGCUGCCUCAUCGACCAAGUCACGGGCCUGUCGGCACGCGGCCACCUAGCCAAGGUGGAGGUGUUCUCGUAUGCAGAGCUGCUCAAGGAAUACCAGGACGUGUUUGAGCCUGGCUCCACGUCCAUCUACGUGCCUGACCUACCUGUCAGUCACACCAUCAACACCAAGGGACCAUCCGUCUGGGAGCACCCGCGCAGACUGACAGGCGACAAGCUGGCUGCCACGAAGCAGGCCUUUGCGGAGCUCCUGAAGAGGGGCAUCAUACGACCCUCCAGCAGUCAGUGGGCGAGCCCGCUGCACAUGGUGCCCAAGAAGGACGGCUCAUGGCGCGUCACAGGGGAUUAUAGGCGACUCAAUGCUUGCACCAUCUCCGACCGCUACCCACUGCCCAUGAUCGAGGAUCUGCUGCAGGAGAGUCGGGGUAACGUCUUCUCGGCGAUUGACCUCCAGAAAGCUUUCUACCAGAUCCCUAUUGCUCCUGAGGACGUUGAGAAGACAGCCGUUACGACACCCUUUGGUCUGUAUGAAUUUUUAGGCACCUCACUGAGUCUCCGAAACGCCACGCAGUCGGCACAGCGCACCAUCAACCACAUCUUGCGUGACCUGCCGUUCGUCAAGGCCUAUGUGGAUAAUCUGCUGAUCGUCUCUCAGAGCCACGAGGAACAUCUGAGGCACCUGCAGAAGCUGCUGGACACUGUGCUCUUCCUGGGCUACCUGGUCUCUGGGAACGGUUUCCAACCUCCACCGGCGAAGGUCGAGGCGAUCAAAAAUUUCGCCAGGCCCAACACAGCCUGGCUGCAGAGCACAGCUUGUCUGGACCCUGGAAGCGGAACAGGCCUUCCGGCGCUGUCGAAACAGCAUUGCGGAGGCGGCAUGCACAGUCUUCCUGCGUCCGGGUGCACCGUUGGCCCUCAGAGCCGACGACUGAGGAGACGAGAACUACCGCCACCCCCAGCUGCCAUCUGCGAGACCAGGUCAUCGGUGGGCCCGAUAGUUGACUUGACCCUGAACAUGGUGAACCCAGAGGAUACGGCGGACUUUGGCGAGAGGAUUUGCGAUAGUGUCUUUGGACGUUGUCUCGGGACCGCCCUGGCUGUGACACCCUACAGUGUCUCAGGGCGCGAAAGUGCAACGUCACACAUCAAGCACUUCGAGCGCAUGCUUGAAGAACGGACAUUCACCAUCUUCACCGACUACAAGCCGCUCAUUCACGCGGCUCAGCAGCGAUCGGACAGGGCGUCGCCUCGGCAGGCGCGGCAGCUGGAAUUCAUCCUGCGUUUCAGUGCAAAAUUUCAGCACACGCAGGGCCAGGACAACUAG